AGCUGUGAACGUGUAAGACUUUUUUUUUCUGCUUUCAACUGGUGAUUGCACACCAGUGAUUUGGAAACGUAAACAGACGAAUACCAAACCUAAAGUGGCCGCACAUCGACACCACGUCUUAGAAAACAAUCUUAGAUACAUUCAGCCAUGCGCUCAACUCGCACCCGCACCAAUGCGAACGGGGCGUUCAACUACUCACAGCGUAGCACCAACGACGUGCCGGACGAUCAAGACUCCCUCACCGAGUUCCUCAAAUCACGCAGCAAGGAAGGCUUUGCGACGAGUGCGUACUGGGGCGCCACAGGAGAGGUGCCGCCGCGCGCGCCGGAUGAUGUAGUCUCCAAGGAGCCCUACCCCUUUCAGGCGGAGAUCAACCGCAAACUCGUGCCCUUCCCCAAGGACCAAACCAGCUACCCCCGCACGAUAGACUACACCACAGUUGGCCUACAUCUUUUUAAGUGCGCCGGUGUCGACGGCAGCGGUGGCGGUCUCAACGCCACACAGCUGCAGAAGCUUCAAGGAGCUGAUGGCGACGGCCUUGACGGCACACGCCAGCUUCCCGACGGCUCGCAAUCGCGCAAGCCACGCUUUCUGACGCUGCAGACCACCCAGCAGGCUAUUCCCCGCACUUUUGACGAUGAUGUGCUGGGGACGUUGCGUGCAGGACAGCAGAAAGAGGAUGCUCUUAAAGCCGAGCUGGAUAAUCUCGAAGGCACCCCUUACAGCAGCACGGAAGUCGCAGAUCCGUAUCGCCUCACCUCGGACGACUACUGCGACUUCAGCGGUGUUGAUCCGUCGUCGUCCCGGCAGAAAGAUCUCGCUGACAGCGAAGGGAACAUUGAUGUUUACAAGAGCCGCUACAACAACGUGGAGCGCGAAGGCCCUCGGCGUCGCGAACGCACGCACGAGACGCUGCGACGCGGGCAGGCGGUCGACCGCGACCAACUACGAACCACACUCGCCGCCAGCCACGCCGAGACGAUGCCGAACGGGUACGAGACGUACUCGGCCAAGGACUGGCUCAGCACGACACAUCGCGAGCACGCCGCGUACGACGUGGAGAUGGCGGCGCGUGCGAACGACCGCGACGCCACGGUGCCUCUGCGCAACACAAACUACACGCUCUCCGCCGCGCAUGAGGCGGCCGUGACGCAGCGCGACGCUCGCUUCAAGACGCUUCAUGACAACGGCUGGGGCACCGAGUACUCGAUCCAGUACCAGGAUCGCAGCUCCGAGGCCGACGUGUCGCACCAGCACGGCUCGCGGGGCAUCUUCGACAUCGAGGACGGCGUGUACACGAUGGAUAAGCGCUACCACCACCCCCGCGACGACGUGCACACGGGCGAGAUGUACACUCCCGCCGAGAUGGUUCCGGGGCAGUACACGACCAUGUACGAGGAGCCGUUGCACGCCCCGAAUGUCGUCUCGGGCAGCACGCGACACAUUUGA